GUCUCUACGUCGGGGCAUUGUGAUUAAACAAGUGUGGGGAGAUCUGUCACCAUGCAAGUGCGCAGAGGCUCCUGUACUUCUAGGAACUGGCUGCAAGUGGUUGUCUUCUUCAGCUUACUCAUGGUCACCAAACAAAGCCUCUCACCAUUUGAAUGCUAUUUAAUAAGAAAUGCUGCAGAGGAAGAGGAAGCUGGAUGUGGAUUAAAGAAUUCCUCCUAUUUUCACAAUGCCACAAACCUGAAAUGCUCGUGGAUAUCACUUAACCUUUACCAUGCAGCUGUGACAGUGGAAGUGAAUAAUUUUGAAUCAGUGAAGUUGGAAGUACUUCAAAACAUAAGCCGGACAGUAACCUUUGUCUGGUUCCUGAAGAAGAACAAUGUAUCAUAUGUUAUUACUGACUCUGAACACAGUAGCCAUAUUUGUUUGGAUCUGGUAAGAACCACUGGAAAACAAGCUGGAACAUAUGAGCUGUCCAUACAAAGUGAAAACUCCAACUACUCCAUAUAUUUUGAAGUAAAAAUAAGAAGCAAACCCAGAAAACCAUAUUACACUCUUGUAUCAGAUUCUGUGAGCUGCUUCUCCGAAGGUUAUCCACAACCUGCUGUGUACUGGAUAUCAUGUGCUUCACCAGGGGACAGAUGCGAUAAAAAGACAGGUUCUAUUCCAAAUCCUGCGUCAAACUGGUAUGGAAAUACAGAGGUGGGAAGCAAACUGGAAUCAAUAGACCUGAUGGAAAAGAAUAUAUCCUGUUGUGCAGUGAAUGCUCUGGGAACAGAAUGCAGCCAGCUACAUACCAUCGAUAUGAUGUCUCCAACUUCCCACCCUGAAAUACUUCUUAAGACUGGAGAGACCUUUGUGAUACGGUGUUGGGCAUUGUAUGAAUCAUAUAAAUUUAAGAUUACAUGGGAUAAAGAAAGUAAAAAACAGAUGUCGUCCUUUGAAAAGAGCUCAUACAGAGUUCGGUAUAUGCUGAGAGUAUUGUUUGCCUCAUUAAAUGGAGGAAACAGCACGAACAUCACAUGUACCUCAACCGUCCAUCCCAAAAAGUCUCAAAGCUUUAACGUAAUAGACAGGGGCUUUAUUGACAUGAAUACAUCACAUGUGGAACAUGACAUCGACCCAAAGGGAGACUUUUGCCUCGUUGCAGAGUUUACUGCGUAUCCAGCUGUGAGAUGUGCAUGGAUCCACAAUUCAAACAUCUCUCCGUGUUCUCUCAUCACAGAUGAAAAUGGACACAGCAAAUCUUCAUACUGCCACCAUAAAAACACUCCUGGAGAGUACUUGUUUUACAUAGAAAAUGAUGACGUGCAGCUUGGAAAAACCUUCACUUUGAAUUUACUAAAAAAACCUGAGAUAGAAUGUAAGGUGACCAACGAAAGUGUCUCCUGCAAGUCACAAGGCUACCCAAUGCCAAACUGGUUGUGGAAGAAGAGUGAUGGUGGCUCCAAUUGUGAAGUAGAAAUCAAGAAUGGAAUUACAGAGGGACCACGGGAAAGAAACGGACCCGUUUGGAUCUCCACUAGCACAUUGGAUGUAGACAACCAGGCAGAAACCAUCACCAUCUGCAGCUGCGCUGUCAAUUCUGCUGGAAGAACAUGCGCUGAAUUUUUUUUUAAACAGCUUGAGCCAAGUCAUUUAAUCCUCCCCACUGUGUCUGGACUUUGCGGACUGUGUUUUGCUGUUUUAUUUGUCCUGGUUCUGAGCAAGUACAAGAAGAAAUACAAAUACGAAAGUCAGCUGCAGAUGAUACAGUACAUCGGCCCCUCCGAUAAUGAAUACAUCUACAUUGAUUUCAGCGUUCUGCCCUAUGAUGUUAAAAAAUGGGAGUUCCCAAGAGAGAAUCUGGAGUUUGGCGAGACCGUCGGAUCUGGGGCAUUUGGAAAAGUGGUUACCGCUAAAGCUUAUGGAAUUAGCAAAUCGGGGGUGUCCCUGCAGGUGGCAGUCAAAAUGCUGAAAGAAAAUCCCGAUGCCUCGGAAAAAGAUGCCUUAAUGUCUGAACUGAAGAUGAUGACCCAGGUCGGACACCAUGACAAUAUAGUGAAUUUGUUGGGAGCGUGCACUGUGUCAGGUCCGAUAUACUUAAUUUUUGAGUACUGCCCACAUGGAGAUCUUCUCAAUUACCUGAAAGUCAGAAGAGAUACUUUCCACAAAACCUGGUCAGAUGUUUUCAAGGAUAAUAACUUCCCUUUUUACCAUAAUUUCAACCAGGAUGAGAAAUUCAGAGACAGAGCUGUGACAGUGUUAAGCAACUGCUCAUAUAAAUGGGUAUCUACAGAACAAGAACGUGACAAAAAUCAGCGCAACCAGGACUCGUCGACAACACAGCCUGAGGUUCAACAAGCUGAAGAAAUGAAAUACCAAAACUUCAGGAAGUAUGACGAAGAAGAUCUUAACAUCCUCACACUGGAAGAUCUGCUCAGUUUUUCAUAUCAAGUUGCCAAAGGGAUGGAGUUCCUUGAAUCAAAGUUGUGCAUUCACAGGGAUCUUGCAGCCAGAAAUAUCCUGAUAAACAAAGGAAAAGUGGCCAAAAUAUGUGAUUUCGGACUUGCCAGAGAUAUUGUCAAUGACUCCAACUAUGUGGUCAAAGGCAACGCUCGACUGCCAGUUAAAUGGAUGGCUCCAGAGAGUAUAUUUGAGGGAAUAUAUACUAUCAAAAGUGAUGUGUGGUCUUAUGGCAUAUUACUUUGGGAAAUAUUUUCUCUUGGGAUAAAUCCAUAUCCAGGCAUACCGGUUGAUGCAAAAUUUUACAAGCUUUUGCAAAGUGGAUUUAAAAUGGACCAACCAUUCUAUGCCACCGAUGAAAUAUAUUUCCUGAUGCAAUCCUGCUGGGCUUUUGAUUCUAAGAAAAGACCAUCAUUUCCAGAACUAGUUUCCUAUCUGGGAUAUCAGAUUUCCAAUACAGAAGCUCUGAUUUAUCAAAGCAAGAACGACUGUGAAGCAUUAGACAAAUUUUGCAUGUCGCCAAUAGAAAGUGCAUUGAUCCAGGACCUCCUGUCUGUCAAUACACCGCUUAUCUAGAGCCGCAAUAUGCUUGCACUGUCUCCAAGAAGAGGAACUCACUAGCAAAACUUGCACUGGAUUUUUAGACAUUUCCAGCUCCAUCUGUCACCGUGUCUCCAUCAUCUAUCUCUCUCUGAUGUAGAUGAGUCAUGGAGGGUUGGACUAUUUUAUGGUAUGCUGAACUAAAGGCAGAAGUCAUGAGAUGCUGCCCUUUCUGCAGGGGGCAACACAAGGUUUCUUUUUACCAAGAUUAGGGUGUCAACAUAUAGAAAAGCAUUAAUGAGGACUCGUCACUUGCCAGUCAACCCUACCAGAUGCCAGCACCCAAGAUAUACACUCCUCCACUUCCUUGACCUAGGACAACUGCAAGCUGUCUGCUUAAGACCUUUGGAGCACUACCAGCAACAGCUCCUGUUUCAGGCCCCCAAUGAAUCCUGUCACUGCCUUUCAUCUCUGGGGUCCCUGAUCAAUAAACAAGAAGUUAGUGUCCAGUAUACAUAAAAGUGCUGAGGUUUCCAUACAUCUGUUAUAAACAUGGACUUCAACAUCUAGUCAAGUAUUAAAAAAAAAAAAGUACCAUAUCCAUAUAUCUUCUGAGUUUGUAUAUCAUGGACAUUAAAAAUGCAUUUUUCUCUUUGUAUUCAUUGUUACAGUAUGGUUUCUAUGUUGUAGCAACUAGUUGCUAUUAUAUCUGUGGCAAAUAUUUUGCAAUACUUUUUCUUGAAUUGCUUUAUUUUUCUUGCAACAGGCAGUUUUUGGACAAAUACAGUAUGAACAUGAGGGUCACUUUCAUAGGAAGACAAUUGAUCAUUCUGUAGGUUUUGUGAGUGAGAUCUGGAAAGGAAAUCCAUAGGGAAAACACCAUACAGAUUUUACCCUGGUUUGGGGCUGUUAUGGGGAGCCAUUAAAAUAUAAUUUGGGCCCACUCAUUGCUGGUUAACACUUGGCUGGCACAUGCAUGGUGCAGAUCAUAUCAGAUACAGAUAUUACCUUGAACCUACACUUCAACUUGAUUUAUUGAAAACCGCCAUGAGUCCACCAAGUCUGUCACUUGUAUGUGUCAACUAAAAUGUAAGAUUUUUUUCAUAUCAGUAUUAUUUGUGGUGGGGUCCUAUACACACUUAUGUAUAAAAUUCAAGAGCAUUAAUGAGCAUGAUGAUUGGUAGGUAAAUGUUAACGUGUUUUGGAGACAUUCAGAAGAUAGUUGUGGUGGUCCAUGAACUGGAAUACUCUUUGGUGGCUAGAAUGGUGAAGGGGCUUAUGCAGGAACAUAGAAAGGAGGAGGGGAAUUGGUGCUGAAUUUGCCCCAGGUGCAGUGUGACGGGGAAGAGCUCCAACAAACCACUCUGCUUCGUCCAAGACAUUUAAAUGCAGGUCCAUGGCAAUUAAAUGAAUCUUUGUCCUAACUGAAGGAAAGUCUAGCUACAACUCCUGGCCAUGGAUAAUAAAAUCUCCAAGCUAAAAGCCACAGUGCCCAGUAGGUCCCAGUUCAUGGGUAACCGACAGUUGUAGAAUACAGGUUAUGUUUUAGAAUUCCCCUAUGUGCAUGAAAGUUUCCCCAAUCAUGAGCUGAUUACAGGGGGGCCUGCAGCUGGGCCCACCUGUCAUUAUCAAUGCUGCCCAUUGAAAUAAAUGGGUUAUCGACAUUGACAAAAAUCAGUCAUUGGCAUUGAUAAGAGAGAGAACCCCUCUUUGUAGUAGCUGUCCACUCUGGCUGUUACAGGGAGACCCCUCUAAUACGUUCAGGUAAAGAGUUGUCUAAAGCAAUCAUGACCAUGUAAAUUUCUGAACUACAAGACGCAUUGCAUUUUUAGUUUAAUGAGCCCAAUUAUUUAGCAGUUUUUUUUAUAUUACUUUAUAUUUCUGUAUUUUAUAACACCUUUUUUCUACCAAGAGGAAAUGUGUACUAAUAAUGCAUAGUACAUGAUGUGCUUUCUAAUAAAACAGCCUUUAAUGAU